GAUGCAAAUCAGAAGCUAUAAAUAAGGCUGGGGCGGCUGCACUGCAAGGGGGCGGGGGAGUGGGGCUGAGGCUGAGGCUGGUCGAGCUGGAGGUAGUAAAUUGAUUUCUUUGCACUAUUUCCCUGCUGCCGCCGCCUCCUCCUCCUCCUUCCUCUUCACCCACUCCCCGCCCCUCCCCCGGCAAUACCGCCUGACUUGCCUAUCCCCUGCUUAGUCCUGCCCUUGCUGCAUUGCACCCCGAUCCGACCAUGGCGCCCUCUUUUCGGCCCAGCAAAAACCGCCCGAGCCGGGACGAGGAGGAUUUCUAUGAGGCCAGAGGAGACAGGAAGGCGAGGAAGCCGCUGGUGGAGAAGAAGCGGCGGGCGCGGAUCAAUGAGAGUCUGCAAGAGCUGCGGCUGAUCUUGGCGGACGCGGAGUUCCAGACGAAGAUGGAGAACGCCGAGGUGCUGGAGAUGACGGUGAAGCGGGUGCAAGGGAUUCUGCAGAGGAAGUCUCUGGAUAGUGACAAACUGCAGCGCGAGGCCAGCGAGCGAUUUGCAGCUGGGUACAUUCAGUGCAUGCACGAAGUUCAUACAUUUGUUUCCAACUGCCCGGGGAUCGAUUCCACCAUUGCAGCAGAGCUGUUGAAUCACCUUCUAGAGUCCAUGCCUCUGAAUGAAGGCAGUUUCCAGGACCUUAUUGUGGACGUCUUGUCGGAUCCUUCUAUCAGCCAGUGGUCUAGUGGUGAAGGGUUCCCCCAGAUACCUGGAGCAUCUCCUGGAGCUCUAAGCCUGCCCAGUCCCACUUCACCUCUUCUUUCGCCUUCUUCCAGCGAAGAGGUUUGCUCUGAUCUUGAAGACACAGAGGUGGACCAAAGCCACAUCUCUUUGGAUGGACUGGACAGGUCUAGGACGCACAAUGUGCCUUCCUCCAGCCUUUCCAAAUCUAUGUGGAGACCUUGGUAGUAAAGGAACUGUGACAAAGGAACCAACGAAGAUCUACCUAAUAGGGAGAAUACUUGAGCACUGUGUUCUUCUAGCCAAUGGAAUAUAGACGGUGAGGAUUUCAGAUGGUGCAUUUGUGUUGUGAUAUUGCUGUAUUUCAAGACUGUAUAGAUGGCAUUCUUACGCUGUCAAACCCUGACAGGCUAAUAGCUGGAUGUGUUAACAUUUCAUCUGAACGUGUGAGAGAUGAGUUUUGUAAGUCCUGGCUUCUUUUAUUAGGAGUGUGAGUUUUAAAAGGGUGGAAGUGUGCAAGCAGAGCUCUUUUGAUGAUGAUAUACAACAGUGUUUUGCAACUUAUCUCUGUGUUUCUUUUGGGGUUUUCUGAGGUGUGGGGUUGGCCCUAAUAAGUGGCCCAGAUAUCACUACCUUCUUUAUUUGGUUAGGAAGAAGUUGUUGUGCAUUUUAAAACUUUAAUGCAACAAAAGGUAUGAAAUUUUAAGUAUCUGUGCACAACUUCAAAUUGUCUAGUGAUAGCAUAAAAAAGAAAAUCCCUGAAAGGGAUUGGUAAAGCUAGUCUAAUGAUUAGUGGUCUAGGAUCUCACCUUCAAUGAAGGGAGAGAAAACUAGAAGCUGGACUGGAAUUAGGUGAGCAAUUAAAUAUUGGUGGCAGGGUGCCUUCUAGAAUUGUUUAUUAUGCACAUCUUCCAGUGCAUUUGGAUUUAUUGUGGUAUGUAUAUUAGCUUGUCAAAUGUUUUAUUUUUAAUCUUUUAAUAAAAAAACUAAAUUCACCAAUGAUUGCAUGUAUUUUGGGGUGUGGCGCUUGUGCUCUAGAAAUUUCAGUUCAUGUUAGCAAUUAACCAGUAAUAUAUCCUUGAGUGCAAAUGUUGGUAAUUAAGCACUUAAUUCAUGUACUGUACUUGUCUGUUCAAGUAUGGGCAGUGGGGAACGUUCCAUUGGUUCAGGAUUCUUGGGAUAAUUCAGGAGUGAUGGGGUUGGAGUUUUUGUUUUAAUUUGGGGUGUUAAAUUCCUGGCCUUGAUUAUGUACAUUCCAAGUUUCAAGUUGUCACUUAAUUGGUCUUUAUGAGCCCUUUAAAAGAAAAGAAAAUCUGCACUUGUGCUGGUCUGAUCCUGUGCACAUUUCCUUUGAAGUAAGCCCCACUGUUUUCAGUAGGGUCUUCUCCUAAGCUGGUGUGCAUAGAAUUGCAGCCUGGUGACACUUCUCUCUGAUUGAAUGAGAAAACCUUUAAAUAACAUGGAGUAGAAAGCUCAGUAGAUCUGCUAUGGUGCUAGCCCUCCUCCAGGUAAAACCAAAUCUGUUUUUUUGUUUUGUUUUGGGAGAUGUGUGAGCUGUUUGUGCUGUUACCUUUCCACAGAGCUGUCAUUGUAACAUAGACCAAUGCUGUAAAGUCACUUAACACAUGCAAGUGUCCCAGCAUCGCAAAAGCGGGAGGAUCAAAAGUAAGAUAGGGAACUAGCUAUGUCAUCUUCCUUUCUGUUAAUCAUGUGGAAUAAUAAAAGUGGAAACUGUCA